AUGGAUACAUAUAAUUCUGACAAAUUAGACAAUUAUGCAGAGGGUAAAAUGAACAAUAGUAUGGAUAUAUGUAAUUCUGACGAAUUAUAUGUUAUAAAUAGACAAAAAAAUGAACUAACAUUUGAUGAUCAAAAAAGUGCUGAUGAAUAUAACCUGAUAUUUGAUACUCAAAGUAUUGCUAGUGAAUCGAGUCUAGUAUACAAUAAUCAGGAGGACAUAUUGGAAAAUAGCAAGAUCAUUGAUGAAGUUGAUGAAUUCCAGAGUGAUAACAGUGAAAGUGAAAUAGAUAGUGCAGAUUAUAGCGAAAGUGAAAUAGACAGUGCAGAUUUUCCAAGUACUGCUUAUCAAGAUUUCAUAGAUAUAGUAAUCAGAUAUAAUCUUUCUUAUAUGGCUAGUGAUGCUGUAUUAAAGUUUAUAAAAAGAUACGGUCAAAUUUCAAAGAAAAUUCUAUCCCGAUCAACAAAAGAUGGUCUUCUUUUCUUGAACACAUUGAGGAAGGACCAUACGAAGUUUUAUUUAACUCCUAUUCUUCGAUAUCAAGAAAUUACUGAAAAUUGUAUUUUUGAUUAUCAAGAAGUUUACACAUUAGUUGAAGGGCGCCAAGAAAGAUUAUUCUCAGAAUUUUAUAAUUCUAAAUGGUGGGGUCGUGCACAACAACACAUUUCGCCUGGAAAUAAGGUAUUACCUAUAAUACUAUACUCCGAUGCAACUACACUAGAUUGUUUAGAGAAGAGUUCACGGCAUCCAAUAUUUAUAAGUUUGAGUAAUAUUCCAACAACUGUUCGAAAUAAAGCUAAAGCUAAGGCACUUGUUGGUAUUAUACCAACAUUGCGAGGAACAAAGGAAGAACGGCAAACACCACAGUUUAGACAAUUAAUUCGAUCAGUUUUUUACAAAUGUAUUAACAUAUUGAUUGAGCCAUUAUGUUCACAGUAUCAUUCUGGAGUAACAUUAAAGGUUAACAAUUAUAAAUUGAGAUGUAAUAUGAUGUUAGCCUCUAUUAUCGGGAAUUGGUCCGAAAACUGCAAAUCAUGCUUAACUUAUAGUGGAGCUAGUUGUGCGCGUCCUUGCCACACAUGUUUUGUAGAAAAGGAUGAUCUAAAUGUUAUUAACUUACCUGCUAAUCAUAAGAUUACUAGAACCGAAAUUCAAAUGAAACAAGCCAUUGAAAUGGGACAAGGCAAAGACCACUCAUUAUAUGAAGAAACUAAUAGUUUUUGGAACCAUCUGGUUAAUAAAUUCUAUAAAACAAAUGAAUCAGCUGGAAGUUCAUCUAUGAAAUAG